CUUUUUGAAGUAGCCCGCGAGUGUACUCGGCCAUUCAGCGUUCGUCAAUUAUAUAUUGACACCCCUCCCCUUACUUUUUCACCCCCUCGCAAACCCAACCCACCGCCAUGUCCGACCAACGCACUGCCACCGUCUCCAGAAAUACAAGCGAAACGAGCAUCACUUGCACCAUCGACCUCGACCAUGUGCCCGGCGUCACAAAGCAGGUGAUCGAAGUCAGCACCGGUAUUGGAUUCCUCGACCACAUGUUUACAGCGCUCGCCAAGCACGGGGGCAUGUCCCUCCAGAUGAAGUGCAAUGGGGACCUCCACAUUGAUGACCACCACACUGCCGAAGAUUGUGCUUUGGCGCUUGGUGCGGCCUUCAAGAAGGCUUUGGGAGAAAGGAAGGGUAUCAAGAGAUAUGGAUAUGCGUAUGCCCCUCUAGACGAGUCUUUGGCUAGGGCUGUGAUUGACAUUUCUUCCCGGCCAUUCUUCAUGUGCCACCUCCCUUUCACCCGUGAAAAGGUCGGAGACUUAUCUACGGAAAUGGUCUCUCACCUUCUCCAGUCUUUUGCCUUUGAGGCCGGUGUCACGCUUCACGUCGACCUCAUCCGCGGAGAUAACAACCAUCACAUUGCCGAGGCGGCCUUCAAGGCUCUCGCGUUGGCUAUCCGAAUGGCAAUCAGCCGGACCGGUGGUGACGAUGUCCCCAGUACCAAGGGUGUACUUGCUUUGUAAUGAAAUAGGUCAAGGAUGGUGACAUAUGCGUUAUGCACUUUUCAUGUGCAUAUAUAGAACAGUCAUUAAAUGGGUAAAGCUACUAUGUAUGUACUA